AUGGACAUGGAGUCCAACCCUUCGCUCCUUAAACCCUCUGCUUCUAAAUCUAAACUACCCAUCAAGCGGAAAAACCCAGAACCAGAUCCCAUCAAUUCCCCACUCCCCGCCAAAAAAACUCCUCCUUUCAAGUCUCACCGUAUCUGGACUGAUCCCGACGAGAUCAGCUUCCUUAAGGGUCUUCUCCAAUCUGGCCUCUCCUUUCCCAAAGACCUUCCCCUCUUCUAUCGCCGCUUCUCCUCCUCCAUGUCCAAACCUUACUCCUAUUCACAGCUCUCCGACAAGCUCCGCAGACUCCGCGGCAAGUUCCGCCUCCUUUCCUCCCGUCUCUCUUGUGGCCUCCAACCUUCUCUUCUCUCCCCCCACCACCGAGCUCUCUUCCGUCUCUCUGCUCAGCUCUGGAGCUCUGACUUCGCUUCUUCUUCUCCUUUUGAUUUCAGACACCCCACACCUCCUCCUGCUGACGAUUUGAUUCCAACUCAUACACAUGCCCCAAUUCAGUUUAGUUUCUUGCCUGAUGUGCAUCGAGGUUCCUCCGACCCUGAUCAUGAUGCCGAUCGGGAUCGUGCAUGUGAUGGGAAAAUGAGCGAGAUGCAUGUAGAAUGUGAUCUUGGCCAUGGUGAUGGUGGUGGUGGGUUUGUAGGUGCGAUUGCAAGGAGUGCUUUAAAUGUGUUUGAUGAGUGCUUGAAGGACGUUCUUGCGAAACAGGGAUUGAUUUGUUUGGAUAAUAGGAAAAUCCAAGGUGGUGAAACCAAGGAUAUGGAAACGAGGUGGAGGGAGCAGCGACUUGCAGAGGUUGACGUGUUUAGAAGACGAUUGAGGUUGGUUCUUGACAACUCUCUUAAUGGCAGCUUGAUUGUGUAA